AUGGAGGUGAAGCCUAAUGCACUUGAAUCCAACCAACCACCCCGAAAAUCUGGUUUCAACAAGUACGUCCUCCUCUGUUCUCUUUUGGCCUCAACAAAUUCCAUCCUUUUAGGCUACGAUACUGGAGUGAUGAGUGGUGCAGUCCUUUAUAUAAAAGAUUACAUGAAAAUCAAUUCAGUGAAGGUAGAAAUUUUAGUUGGUAGCUUGAAUGUAUGUUCACUAAUAGGGUCAUUGCUCUCAGGAAAAACCUCAGAUUUGAUAGGUAGGCGAUACACCAUCGUUCUUGCAGCAAUGACAUUUUUAGUAGGUGCAAUUGUAAUGGGACUAGCACCAAACUAUGGAAUUCUUUUAGCCGGCCGUCUUCUUGCUGGAGUUGCUGUUGGUUAUGCCCUCAUGAUUGCCCCCCUUUAUACAUCUGAAAUUGCUCCCCCUUCCAAACGUGGCUUCCUCACUUCCCUUCCUGAGUUCUUCAUUGUGAUGGGUAUCCUCCUUGGUUACAUUGUCAACUAUAUCUUAUCAGAUCUCCCACCAAACAUCAAUUGGAGAUUAAUGCUCGGAAUCGCUGCUCUGCCUUCCGUUAUUAUUUUAUUUGGGGUUAUUAUAAUGCCGGAAUCUCCUCGUUGGCUUGUGGGUAAAGAUAGAAUCGAUCAGGCAAGGGAGGUUUUGAUCAAAAUUUCUGAUAGUCCGCAGGAAGCUGAAUUCAGACUUGAAGAAAUUGUCAAAGUUCAUAAAGAAUCUAAAAACAAAAAUACGAAAGGAGUAUGGAAGGAAAUUCUGAUACCAACUCCCGCCGUUCGUCGGAUGCUUGUGGCGGCUAUUGGUAUAAACUUUUUCAUGCAAGCUUCAGGCAAUGAUGCUGUUAUAUACUACACUCCUCAGGUGUUGAAGGCCGCCGGGAUUCAUAACAAGAAAUUUAUGUUUGGGGUGAAUGUGAUAAUGGGACUAUCCAAGACUGGAUUUGUGUUGAUUUCAGCUAUAUUUUUGGACCGUUUUGGAAGGCAGCCCCUUUUGUUCAUUGGCACAACUGGAAUGGUUGUGUCAUUGGCUGUAUUGGGCGCGGGCUCAAAGGUUCUUGAAAAUUCUACCGAUAAGCCAUUGUGGGCUAUUGUGAUGUCCAUAAUUGCUGUUUGUGCAGAUGUUUCAUUCUUUUCUAUCGGACUUGGGCCCAUAACUUGGGUUUACUCUACAGAGAUAUUUCCAUCCAAAAUACGUGCACAGGCUUCGGGCCUGGCUAUCUCGGUGAACCGGUUGGUGAGUGGGGCGGUGGCAAUGUCGUUUUUGUCAAUUUCGGAGGCUAUCAGUUUUGGAGGGAUGUUUUUUGUGCUUUCGGGAAUAAUGGUGGUGGCUAAUAUACAUUUUUAUUUCUUUUUACCUGAGACCAAAGGCAAGACUUUAGAGGAGAUGGUGAAAAUCUUUGAGAAGAAUGAUUCAAAGCAAGAAACAUAGUGGGUGUGUUUGGGUUGAUCAUCAGCAUUUCCAACUCAAUGGCAACAACACAUUUAAGGCUAUUGUCUUCAUCAAUAAGA